UAUUUUCAGUUGAUUUUCAUACUCUUGUUUCUAACAGUCAUGCAUUGCGCUAGAAUUGACUGUUGUCAAUCCAGAAACACCAUCUAUAAUAAUACUAAAGAAUUGUUCCCAAAACCACUUUUAAAUGUCAAAAGUCUUACAAAAUUGGUGCCUUAUGGACAAAAAUCUGGCGCUGUGAGAAUAGUUUGUAAUAAAAGUUUGCAGGAGAGAGUAUUAAACUUGUCGAAAAAGAAAAAAAAAAGGAAAACUUUUAAAACAACUGAUUCAAAUAAAAUUUAGUUUCUUUGCUCAUAAAAGUUUUUUUAUCCUUGGUAUUUAAAAAAUAAUCGUUAAAAACAAGUGCUGAAACAAACAAGAUCACCAGGUCCCUUCUCUCAAACGCAAUAUUGUAUAGUUUUCUGUUGAAUUGUGAAAAGGUUGUUAGUGUCUCACGUACUAAAUGUUUCCAAAGGGGAUGUCUCUAUCCUUAUAAUAGGUAUUGUUGGGUACAAGGAGCUUUUUGCGUAGAUGGCAUCCAUGGUUGGGACUUAAAAUGUUUGGGUUGGCAAAAAAGGGUUGGUAAGAGUGCACGGAGGAAUUUAAGCACGUUUUCUGCACUUGGAAUACUGUUUACUCCUUCAACUUCUUUACAAAACAAUAAAAUCAAUGCGGUGGAGUGCAUAAAAAUGAAAUCUAAAUCUAAAUCUAGCCAAUCUAAAAAUGAUUUUUACUUUACAGACCUGAAAUUUGAUAAAUAAAAUAUAAAAAAAUAAAUAAAUUAUUAAGAAUAUAAUAAAAUAAAAUGACUGUUUAAUCACUCGGCACUUUUUACCGAUUAAAUAUUAUGAGAAUAAUAAAAUUGCUUGCAGCCUUUCCUAGCUACAUGAAGAGAGAGGCGAUAUUAAACCUUCGGUGUUAAUAUUUUAAGUUGUAAGUAAUAUCUACUAGUUAUUUUACUUUCUUAACAUUUGGUCCUGGGAACGAAGUUGAUGUCUGAAACAACAGUCACUUCAUGUAGCUUAGGUGUAUAUAUAAUUGCUCCCUGACAUCAAACACUUCUCAGACUUUUUAUUGAACUGUUUCAUACCGUUUCACUACCAUGGUUGCUUAGCAACGAAGAAUGAUAUUAAAAUGGAAAAUGAUCACACGGAAAGGAAAGGAAUAAAAAAUAAACACAAAAAUAAAUAAAUAAAAUAACAAUCCUUGAUUCAAAUCAAAAUGGCGGUUGCUAUAUUAAAAUAUUCAUCUUGUUUUGAUCAUGUUUUGAUCAAUUUUGUUUCUGCAUAAUUUAAAUCAAAUUCCACAAACCACGUGUUGUUGUAAACACUUCGAUGUCGUUGAGUCACUGCAUAUAAGUUGUUUUCCUUUUCUCCUUGUUUAAACGCUGACUACAAGCUAAAAGUAAGCUUUGACCAAUAGAAUGUCUCUAAAUAAAUCAUAAAGGCGGCAUGUGUGAAGAUCAACCUCAACUUCAUAGCUUUUUGUUUUAGUUUGUUGUCCUUAUAAGGAGAUAAGGUGGGGUCUAGGCAGGAGGUGAUAGAAAGUUAAGCGUGGCAUUUGAUAAGCAAGUGAAUCACCUGACAUAUAAACUUUCUCCUAGUAGCCUCGUUUCGACUUCCAAUUGGUCCUUAAAAAAAGUCAGAAAAAUCUAGGAACGAGCUUGUUAGUAUUUUUCUUAUCAUGCUCUAACUGUAGCAUAAGAUCGUAGUGCAGCGAGAGAUAAAAAAAGUUGUUGUUGAAAUUUGGAAUUUAUUCAGAACGUCCGAAUUUUUUUCUGGGUAAAAAUCGGGCAAAUCAAUUUAUUAUUUUAAAAAUACAAGAUAAUUUGCAAACUUUCUUUUCUUUUAUAUGUUCUUCAUGACGAAUGCGUUUCUUGAUUUGGAAUGGUGUUCAGUCGGUGUUCAGUCAGUCAGCAAUGCAACUCAAACAACAAGCAAACAAUGCAGUCAGAACUUACAAGGAUCACAAGGAACAAUAAGCACACCGAAUUAUCCCGAAAAUUAUCCCGCAGAAAGUUCAUGCAUAUGGACAAUUACAGUACCAAAGAAGCAUUAUAUCGAACUCACAUUCGUUGAUUUUGACGUCGAACCGUACGAAGACUGUAAGACGGAUGUUUUGGAAGUUAAAGAUGGCGGAGAUAUCAACUCACCUAUGAUUGGAAUCAUGGUUAAUAACACAGAAUGGGUUCGUAUAAAAGGCGGUCAGUAUUGUAACAAACGACGUCCUCCUAAGGUAAUCACCUCAACAUUUAACAAACUUCGACUUUGGUUUCAAUCAGACAGUACGAUUGAGAUGAAAGGAUUCAAAGCUACCUUCGUAGCAUUGAAGGAGAAAGAAUGCGGUGGUGAAAUAAAUGCUGUGCAUGGAGAAAUUACGACCCCCCGGUUCCCCUUGCAUUAUCCACGCAAUCGAAAAUGCGAGUGGAAGAUCAAGGUUCCCAAGGGAAAAUAUGUUGCUCUUCGAUUUCUGUUUUUCGAAGUGGAAUCAACAUGCCAAAGUGGAGGCACGUGUAAAUGCAGGGACUCCGUGGUAAUUACUGAUGGACAUUCAAAUAAUGCAAAAACAAUUGGACAGUAUUGUUUUGAUGCCCCUCCACCAUUGGUGACUUCUGGUAACGAAGUAUCAGUUAAAUUUCAUUCCGACCUCUACGGAAGAUUGCAAGGUUUCCGAGCGAUUUUCACCCAAUCAUCCACUGAACGUUGUGGUGGAGAUUUCUUUAUAAAAAACGGAACAAUCGAGUCGCCAAACUUUAAUCCAGCGAGGCACUUAACAUACCCUGCGUUUAGUGAAUGCGUUUGGACGAUAACAACGGAUAAGAAUCAGUAUAUAUCCUUACAUAUCGCCUACAUGGAUGUUCUAAUGUCAAAGAGGGGCGACUGUGCUGAUGACUACAUUGAAAUCCGUGAUGGUCCUACAGAAACGUCGCCUCUUCUCGGACAUUACUGUAACAUGUUUUACCCCAAAGUGAUUAUAUCACGUGGUCAAGCCAUGUACAUUCGUUUCCAUAGUAACGCAGAAAUGGCUGGCAAGGGAUUCCAAAUUAUGUUCAAAACGCAUAAAAAGACAUGCUCCGAGUCGCUUGGUAUGGAAGAUGGGCGCAUUGACAGACUAAAUGUGUUAACAUCAUCAAACUUUAAAAUAGCUCACAAACCUCAUAUACUGGGCGCAGAUUUUGGGCGUUUAAAUGGUCCAUUCGCGUGGUGUAGCGCAGAAAGGAAAUCCAAGUUUCUUGGUGAAUACUUUGAAAUCACUUUUCCACAAGUAACAAAAGUCACACGUAUAGCUACACAGGGCUACACGAUGUAUGGAAAUACAUAUUACGUCACAAAGUACAAAGUAUUGUAUACAACUGGAAAGAAAUUAAAACAUUAUGCAAGCUAUGUAGAUACGGAAAGAAAAAACCCGUACACAUUAUUUGGUGGAAACAGAUUUUAUAACGUAACGAAGGAGAACAUACUCACUCCAUCGGUGGCGGUGAAAAAAAUUCGUAUUCAGCCAUUGGAUUACCAAUCAGGUCGGCGAAUACACGUGUGCAUGCGCGUGGAAGUUUACGGCUGUAAAGUGGAUACUGGAGACAGCGGUGAAACAUUGACGGAACCAGAAAAGACGAUUAACUACAGCACGUACAAGAAAACCACAAGUACAUGGGUAAUCUCACCGGAAGCUUCUUCAAGUCGUAAUACUUUAUACCUGUUUCAUGUUGUCGCAUUACAAGCAGACUGUGCUACUUCAAGACUGCGCAUAUCGUAUGAUGGUCACACUCAUACGGCAAAUGAAACGUUCUGUGAUUCAAAGAAGCCAGGCGUUUACGUCAUGCCAAUGUCUAGGCAAAUAUGGAUGAACUUUGAAAGUUUCAAACUUCCUGAAGAAAUUCAAGGUGUAAAAUUCACUUACACGAGAGAAGAUUUAGGGUUUGGUCGACUCAUAACAUCCCAACAUGGUGUGAUAAAUGGAGUACAUGAAAUAUUAUCUCGAGUAAACAAGACAAGCACCUGGUUGUUCAAGCUACCAAAAGGUAGUCGAAUAAAUUUGGAAUUUAAAAGGGUGCAUUUUCCCGAAAGAAAUCAAGGAUCCUACCUACUAGUCAAAGCUGGCUUGACAGCUUCGUCGCACAUUAUUCAAAAUUUAGCUGGUGUACAGUCGCCUUUCGCGUUUGUGUACUCAAAGAACGAACUUCGUAUUGAAUACCAUCCUGGCCACACGGAAACAUCAAAUAUGAAACGUCGUGGAGAAGGAUUCAACCUAAAAUAUUCAGUCUGGCAAGAAGGCGUUACACGUAAACAAAAUACACACUGACACCAUACCCAACAUCAUAUAUACUAGAAGAAAGGAGAAAACGCCGUAUCAAAAGACGACGUCGGUCGGUAAAAAGCGACAGCUAUGUUCAUACACAACAUUUCACGUUAUUACUAAUAUCUCUGUUGCUGUCAAGAACGCAUGGUUGAACAUGAAUGUAUGAGUAAAGAUCAUAAAAGUGGAGAACUGAAGAAGUUAUAUUCUUGAAUAACCAAGGAAAGUAAAUGGAAGGCUUGAAAGUAACGAAGAUUUACUUUUUUUAUCGGAUCCUACAAUACAAGACACGCAAAAAAAAACAAAAAAAAACUUAUAGACAAUUCGCAAAACUUGAGCCACCGUAAUCCCGGUUUCCAGCUCUUUGCCUCGCUUUUAUAAAAGAGGACGGCUAGCUGUAAGAGAACAAAUGGUUAGUAAGAAAACAGCUAGCAGUUGGAUUAUGGUAAAAAUUCCGUUUAGGGUAGUAAAUGUACGCUUAGUGUGGUAGAUAGAUAGAAAACAAGAACUUUUAAAUAUUUUAAUAAAUUAAAUAAAUUAUGCAGAAUAUUUAUAGAAGUUUAUAUGCGUAACGCCAUACUUGCGUUGUCACUGGCAACCAAAAAGCAUGAAGGUUAGUGAUCAAGCAAGUCUUUAGGAACUCCUUAAGUUCCAUUUGUUUUCUUUAUGCUUCUGCAGGGCAGCUUAUUUCCCUGGAUCAUAAUUAAGAUUACCUUUUAAAUUCUUAUAUAUUUUUCUCCUACGCUAGUUUUGUUAGAGGAAAACUUUUUAAUAACCAUGUUGAAAUGUGACCUACGCAUUUUUAGCUAGUAACCUUGUGGAAAUGAGACCUAAGCAUUCCUUGUUAGCGUUUCAGUUGUUCAUUUAUUGCUUCUGCCCCGCGACUGUACACUUAAAUUUUGCGUUUCACGCUGGCGACUUUGUUACCAGCUCUUAGUUUUUUGUUUAAUCUGAUUUCUCUCUAUUUUUAUUUUCAUUUUUUUGGACCAGGAAGGUAUGUAUAUAUGAAAUAGAAGUUUUUAUUUAAACUUGUACAUUUGCAAUUUUUUAAAUUCGACAGUGUAAAUUAUUUAAACUGGUAAAGAACAAAUAUACCAUAAAAAAUA